CGUCUGUGGCUGUGGCGUUACUUGACAGGUGUCAAACCAAACAAAAAUUCAUCAACAUCAAUUCAUUUUAUUUUUUAAUUUUUUGUGGUGUUGCUGUUGGUGUGAUUGGUUUUUUUGGUUAGUGACUUCGUGUAUGGAUGGGUCAACAUAUAUAUCAUCGAUAAAUUUCCAUCAAUGUAAUGUAUUUUGAUAUAUUAAACAGUAGUCUUUGGAGAUUAACACUAUCUUAACUAUAAGGCAUACUGUUCGUUCAUGUUCAGCACUAAGAAAAAAGAAAUUAAAAUGGAGGAAACCGAGUACGAAUACUUGGCCGAUAAUGAUGGCCAGUUGUUAGUUGUACAGGAAGAUGGAACAUUUCUUUGCUUUAACAGACCAAUCCAAUAUGUGCAAGAGGAUGAUGUGAAGAAUGUGCUAGAAGGAGUACAGGGGGAUGUGUAUGAUGAAUCUUCACAGCAGCUUUAUGAGGAUGAGGAGAACUCUUCAGAGAUGAUAUUGUCUGAUCAAUUUGAAAUGUCAGAUGGACAAAAAAAUGUUUAUGAAAACAACUAUUUACUGCAAGAUAGUGAAGCUUCAGCAGAUGUACCAAUGGAAGAAGAUGUUCAAUAUAAGGAAGUAACUGUGAAUGAAGAAACUGUGGCAGAUGGAGAAAGUGGUGAGAAUAAAACUUCUGGUGAUUGUACAGAGAUAACAUUAAAUGAUGAACAAUAUCAAUUGCUAGAGCAGAAAGGUUGGAUAUUGUUGGAAUGCAGUGAUAAGACGUAUUUAUUAGAUUCAUCAGGAUUACAUGACAUCACAGACGAUGAGAAGUUAAUUUUGAAACUGAAGUUAGAACUUCAAGCGGAUGAAGAAGAAGAAAUAGUAUCAAGUACCGUAAAAGGAGUUAAAAAAGAAUACGUGGAAAUUAAGAUUGAACCUCAUUCUGCUGAUAUGAUGAAUUGCGUUACUGAACAUGAGGGUAUCGAAACAGAGGGUGAAGAACAGGAAGCAGAACAUACAAAUAACACUGCCAAAGAUCAAGGAACAUUAAGCACUAUAGAAGAGACAGUAGAGGAGGCGACCAACGAAGCUGACAUUACACCAAUCGAGGCUGAACACGAUUACGUCAAACUGAGCUCUGUGAAAGAUUCACGGGCGAAAAGACAAAACGACAGCAUUAGAAUUAAAACGAAAUUUUCAUUUAGAGACAUUCCACCAGAGAUAGUGUUAGGUAAAUUUAACGGUAAGAAGCUAGUAGCAAGAGUUACGAAGACUCAGAGACUGGUGAAGAGACUGGGAACCAAUAUCAAUAUAAACAACACAGAGCCAAAUGUAGAUCCAUCGGAUUUCCCAGGUUUACCCGACAGUAAGUUCGAGAGGCUCAUAUGUGAAGCGGUCCGCGGGCGGAUCGACUGCAGUGUCACCGACGUGACGGCGGCGGAGAUCGUGGUGGUGCAACUGUCGCGAGUCGCCGCGUUUAGAACGGCGCUUAUGGAGCGAGGACUUAUUAUUACUAAGGUAAUAGUUCACGAACUGGAAUCUGGUGAACUAUACAGCGAGAGCACUCCUUCGCUGGUGACGGGUCGAGCGGUGAGAGACAAUGUGAACAACUGCCAUUUCAGAUACAUGCCGGAAAUGCUCUGGAAACUCUCUAUGGCUAAUGAAUUUGAAAAUGAAGUAGGCAACAAAACCGACUUCUUGCAUAUUCACAUCAGAGAGAACAAGGCGACAGAUGGCAUCAUACGGAUAUCUAUUACGUUGAAUAAGCGAAAUAUUCCACUGCAUUUAUUCAGAGAUAUCGAAGUAAGUGAAGAAGACGAAAUCUACACAUGCGGUUCGUGCGACAGCAUAUUUGAUACAGCGGAAAGUUUGCAGUUGCAUCUAGAGACUGAAUGCGCGGCCACAGAUAAUGAAGCCAUAGACAUGGAGGAAGCGAAGAAUGCGUAUAGAAUUAUAAACACGACCAGAGGCAAACAGUACGCUUGCAACAUAUGUAAUAUUGUCUAUUCAAAUUUACUUAGUUGCCAAGAACAUAUACAAUCACAUUUCACUGAAGACGAAGAGCCAGAAGCCAGAGAGCCAUCACCAGUGCAAUUCAUACGUACUAAUGAUUUAAUCAAGAAACCCUCACAAUUCAUACGUACAGAGACAAAGAAACCAGCACCAAUUCAAAUCGUGCGUACAGAUGAAACGAAGAAACCUUCGAUAGUGCAAAUCGUACGUACAGAUGAAUCGAAGAAACCUAUGGGCCUCUAUAAAUGCACGAUGUGCAAUCGUGCGUUCUUCGAUUUGCCUUCACUAUCGAAACAUAUUGUGACGAGACAUAUAAAACAAGUGCAUAGCCCGUAAUGAUGAAGUUUAACAUAGACUGAUAAGUAUAAUCAAAAUAGGUUUCCUUAUUUAGGUUUUAAUUGAAUUUUAGUUUAUCGGAUCUCUACAAUAAGGGUCUCAAAGCAGUUUGAAUAAUUAAUUGUUAAAACCUAAUAAAAGGUAUUAAACAUA